AUGGGAAUAGACUAUAAAAACAAAGAUUCUUCUGUAUUUAAAGAAAUAGGAGCUCAUGUUACAAAUGUAGAUCUUGAUUUUAGCGAAGAAAGCGAGAAAAAAGACCCAACGGUUGAGGAAAUAGAAAGUUUAUGUGUACAAUGUGAAGAACAGGGAACAACAAAGUUAUUACUUACUAUUAUUCCGUUUUUUAGGGAAAUUAUUCUUAUUUCUUUUGAAUGUCCUCAUUGCGGGUUUAAAAACUCUGAAAUACAAUCAGCAGGUUCUAUUCAGGAAAAAGGAUCAGUGCAUACUUUUGUUGUUGAGUCGAAAGAAGAUCUUAACCGUAAUAUUAUAAAAUCAGAAACAUCAUCAAUAUUAUUGGUAGAGCUUGAUCUUGAAAUACCUCCAGGAAAAGGUAGAAUAAGUAAUAUUGAAGGGUUUUUAAAAAAUGUUUAUGAAGACUUAUCAUUAAAUCAACCACUUCGUAAAUAUCAAGAUCCUGAUUUGUAUGAAAAAAUAGAUCAAUUUAUGAUACGUAUUCAUAAUUUAUUGGAUGGACUGCAUUUUCCUUUUAAAAUUCAAUUAGAUGAUCCGGCAGGAAAUAGUUGGAUUGAAAUAGAACCGGGUGAUCCACAAUACAAAUGGCAAAAAGUAGAUUAUGAAAGAACGUAUGAACAAAAUGUAAGAUUAGGUUUAUAUAAUUCCGAAGAAGUUCAAAAUGAAGAAGAUUUUCAGAAAAAUGAAGUACAUAAAUUUUCUACAGCAUGCCCUAAUUGCAUAAAGCCUUGUGAUACAAAUAUGAAAUUAGUCGAUAUUCCAUAUUUUAAGGAAGUAAUUAUUAUGAGUACAGUUUGUGAUAGUUGUGGAUAUAGAAGCAAUGAAGUAAAGACGGGAGGAGAAAUACCAGAAAAUGGGAAAAAAAUAACAUUAAAAGUAGAAAAUAUAGAUGAUUUAUCUCGAGACAUUUUAAAAAGUGAAACAUGUGCUAUAACAAUUCCAGAAUUAGACCUGGAUCUUCAUCCAGGAACUUUAGGUGGUAGAUUUACUACAUUAGAAGGAUUACUUGCUCAAAUUUAUGAUGAACUUUAUGGAAGAAUAUAUUCAAAAACAAAUGAUUCUAUGGAACCAGAAAAACGUGAACGAUGGGAUAUUUUUCUCGAACGUCUUCAAGACGCUAGGAAUGGAAAAAUAAAAUUUACCAUAAUUUUAGAUGAUCCUGUAGCUGGCUCUUAUCUUCAAAAUUUGUAUGCACCAGAUCCAGAUCCCAAUAUGACAAUAGAAGAAUAUGAAAGAACAUAUGAACAAAAUGAAGAUCUGGGUCUUAAUGAUAUGAUUUUAAACCCAGAAACUUCAAACUAAAACAAAUCGAUUUCCAAUAAAAGUUCUAUUUAAAGUAAUCAAAUACAGAUACAAUAUAUGGAAAAUAACACAUUUCAUUUUGAAUAAAAAAUAAAUCAUUACAAAAUUCUCUGUAAAUUGUAAAGAUAUUCUAUUAAAAAUAUAAUAAAGU